GAGCUCUUAUUUGGUUCUUUCGGUUGUUUUCCUCAACAGCGGAUUUUUGGGAAUCAGUAUGAUAUCACUUGGAGUAAAACGAGUAAUGGAUACUGCUCAUGGAGAGCAUGCUAUCGAUCAUUACCAAUGCGUGCUGGAUGUGCCUAUUUUACUUCUAACAGCGGAAUUCAUAAGUGGUUGGAGCUUAUUAAUGCAUAGCUUAGAAAGACUUUGUGUUGUAGCAUUCCCAAUAUAUUACUAUACCAAAAGCACACGAUUAAGUCAUUUAUUGAUUGCCGCACAAUAUAUAAUUACUUUCGUUGCGAUAACUUCUACAGUCAUUGCAAGUUUAAUUGAACCACCACGGCACAUAUCUCAUUUUUGCAUGCUGCAAGAUGCAUAUUCACAUCAAUUUUAUGAAGCAUUGCUAUUACUAUCCUCUUUUGCUUCAAUGCUAAGUAUUAUCAUUAUGGUUUUUGUUGUUUUCCUAUUGAAAAA